GACACUUAGUCCAUAGCCAGUACUGGCAUAUUGUGAUCUUUAAACUCAUAAUUUCUUAAUUCUUUUAGUAUUUCUUCACCCAUAGAACUGAUGCAAUGGUUGGGGAUACAGGUAAUGGAUACAGAGUAAAUAAAUUAAAUUUAGUGAUAAGGAGUUGACAACACUGACAGUCUAAUUGCAGUGUAGAUUGGUUGCGUUUUCUAACUGUACGUUUUAGCACACUACAGUGAAAAUGUCAGCAGCUGAAGUGACACAAGCUAAUGCUCAGAGUAGCGUCAGAGAUAUGGAUACAAUGUCAACGCCAUCAUCUGUGCAAUCUAAUGAAGAUGGAAGACGUCUGAGCAUGGACAUGCCUUCUGGACAGAAGAAAGGCCGGCUGACAAAUCAAUUGGAAUAUUUGAAGAAAAAUGUGUUGAAGGCUGUUUGGAAACACCAUUUUGCUUGGCCUUUUCAUUCACCAGUCGAUCCGGUUAAAUUAAAUCUACCUGAUUACUUUGAUAUAAUCAAAACACCAAUGGAUAUGGGAAUUAUUAAAAGAAAACUAGAAAAUAAUCACUACUGGUCAGCAAAAGAAUGCAUUCAAGACUACAACCUCAUGUUUUCUAAUUGUUAUAUUUAUAAUAAGCCUACAGAUGAUGUGGUACUUAUGGCCCAAACAUUGGAGAAAAACUUUUUGCAAAAAAUCAAGGACAUGCCACCAGUUGAGUAUGAGAUUGAAGCCCCUGUCAAAAAAGGAAGAAAAGGCAAAACUACCAGUACUUAUGUUCCUGGUGCUGUGACAAGAAAGCAAACGGCUGAAGCACUACCUUCCAGUACGCAACCAACAACUGAGCAACAAUCUGUAACAUCGACGAACGAUUCGCAUCCUCCAUACAAGCACGAACCGCAAACUAUUAUAAACAAUAAAUCAGAAAGUCUGCCAACGCAGCAAGCUAUUAAUAAUGCUGCACAGCAGAUGAUGGCUACGAAUGUUCAUCAAGCACCUACGAUGCCAUCUAAACCAAAAAAAGGAGUAAAACGAAAAGCCGAUACAACUACUCCAGUAAUAACCACUGUAGCCGGAAAAAUACCUACCGCAAUGUCACCAGAACACAGAACAGAGUCACCUGAAGUAGGCCAGGGUCACGACUCUUCGUUUAAUAACAAUGAUAUUUCUGGGGAAAGUAUCGAACAUGACAUGUCCACAGAUAUAGCUGGAAAAAUUCUUGCACGCACACCCUCACUUGCCCGAAGAGAAACUUCAGGACGGACAAUAAGACCUCCACGUUCAAAGGAUUUAGAUUCCGAAGAAAAUGAUCAGCAUGCAAAGAGACCAAAGGUUGCCAAACUGAGCGAGCAAUUGAAAUACUGUAACAACAUCAUAAAAGACUUGCUAUCGAAAAAACAUGCAACCUACGCAUGGCCGUUCUAUAAACCAGUGGAUGCCAAGGCGUUGGGACUGCACGACUACUUUGAAAUUAUCAAAAAACCAAUGGACCUGGGAACGAUAAAGAAAAAAAUGGAGAACAGAGAGUAUCGUUCACCUGGUGAAUUUGCUGAUGAUGUUAGAGUUAUAGCAACAAAUUGUUUCAAAUAUAACCCUCCAGAUCAUGAUGUUGUUGCAAUGGCAAAGAGGCUUUUGGAGGAAUUUGAAAUCAGAUAUGCAAAAAUGCCUGACGAACCUGUGGAAGCUGAUCAGACUAAUUCUCAGGCAGACUAUUACGAUGUAUCGUCAGCUACAAAAGGGGAGAAAAGCGUGAAGUCUGAAAAAUCUAAAAAAGAGAAACACAAACAUCGCAGUCGACAUCGUACAGUUAGUAGUUCAAGUUCGUCAGAUUCAUCUAAUGAAACUUCAGACGUGGAAUUAGAACGUAAUAAGAAAAUUGCACAGGUUCAAGAAAAGAUCAAACAAGCACAAAUUGACUUAACCAAAUUAAUGGAACAGCAGGCUGCACUGCUGGCAGAAGCAGCAAAAUAUAAAACUAAGAAAGAACAUAAGGAAAAGAAGAAGAGGAAAAGGAAGGAAAAGAAUGCAAAGCAAAAAGAUCAAGACAAAGAAAAGAAAGGUGGCUCGAAAAUGAAAAAUGAUAAGGAUGACAAAACAUCUAUGUCAAAAUCGAAGUCGAAAAAACAACCUAAAAAAACUCAGAAGAAUAAAAAUGUCAACGGCACGAAUGCUCCGAAUUCGGCUUCUGCUCCCGGUGCAAACACAUCUGAUGUUUACGUUUUUGAAUCCGAUGAUGAAGAUCAUGCAAAACCAAUGACUUAUGAUGAAAAACGUCAGCUUUCUCUAGACAUCAAUAAACUUCCGGGAGAUAAAUUAGGACGUGUCGUACAUAUUAUACAGACUCGUGAACCUUCACUAAAAGAUUCUAAUCCAGAUGAAAUAGAAAUCGAUUUUGAAACAUUGAAGCCAUCAACGCUGCGGGAACUUGAAAAAUAUGUCAUGACAUGCUUGCGGAAAAAACCAAGAAAACCUUAUUCAAAGAAAGCACCUUCUUCUAAAGAAGAAUUCACUCGGCAGAAGCAAGAGGAAUUAGAGAAACGAUUAGAAGAUGUCAGUGGUAAGCUCGGAAUGCCGAAGAAGUCAAAGAAAGGUGGAGGUGGUGCAGAGAGUCGAUUAUCAGCAAGUUCCAGUGAUUCAAGUAAUUCAGACUCUUCAUCCGAUUCCAGUUCAUCUGAUACAUCUGACUCGGAGUCAGAUUCACAGCCACCACCAGCAAAACAGCCUGCUCCUCCAAUUGCACCGACUGUUCAACCCGUAUAUAAUGAAAUACCCAAGAAUUUGCCAAAACCAGCUAUUCAUCCUUCUAUGCCAAGACUACCGUCUAGUGGACCAACUGGAAUUGCAACCGCUAAGCCUCCUGCUCAAGUAAUGAAUCCUGUUAUUGCACAAUCGAUGCCUAAAUUACCAAAUCCAACAAUGAAUACCGGUCCUACUUCAGCACCAUUACCACUGAAUCCAGGUCAAGUUACUACGCAAAGGCAGUUUUCAGAUACAACUAGCAAAAUUCCAUCUGUUGGUGGUGCACUCCCCCUGGCUAAAACUGUUUCCGAUGGGGCACAACCACAUCAUGCAUCUGUCAAUUCCACACAAAACCCGGUACCAUCGCAAGAUCCUCAAGACAAGAAAAAAACCGAUUUCAAAAUGAGAAACAUGAGUUCGUGGAGCAGUCUAGCACAAACAAUGGGAAGUAAAGGGCCAACAAACAAUUCACAGUCAUCCUCUCAUGGAAAUGUUAUGCAUGGUCCUACACCAGGGCAGCCACCCGUCAGCGUUAAAAAUGCAGCUAACAGUUUUGAGGUGUUCAAACAGCAAGCUAAAGAACGGCAACAGUUUAUGGGUCUUCUUAAACAACAAGAGGAACAGAGACGAAGAGAGCAAGAGCAAAAAGAAAGAGAAAAAAGGGAGAAAGAAUCUGCAUCCUCAACUGCGGCUCCACAACAAGCAAUGACUAUGGCACCGAUACCAAAACCAAUUGCAAACGAUGCAAACAAAGCAAUUGCGAAUGGAAACAGCCAGUCAAAUGCUCAUCAAGCACCUGCAGAAUCAGCAAAUAUAGCCAGGAUGCGAGAAAUGCAACGUCGUCGGAGGCAAGAGAUGGCGGGUCAAAUCGACAUGAACCACCAGUCGGAUAUUAUGAAACAUUUUGAAGACAAUUUGUUUUAACAAUCCUUUAUUACAACCACAUGUUGCAAAUACUAUGUUCACUUAUUUAUUAAUGUUUUUUUGUGCGCUGGACAGUUUUUUUUUUUUUGUGAAAUUUUUUUGAGGUAUUUUGUAGGAAAUUGUUCUUUUUGUACAGUACUUAGAUAUGAAAGUACGUGAUAAUUUUUUUUGCAAUAAUUUUACCGCCGCUGUUAAUUGCCGCGAUGCAUACAAUUUCCAUUCGGCGUAUUUAGUUUGUAUACCAUAUUUAUUUAAUUUUCAGUCGUGUUAUUACUUAUUACCAUUCUUCUUUCCAUUAUAAUGCUCCAUUUACAAAAAAGUGCAAGUAAUUUGUAGAUAGAUGCACAAAGCUGCCGGUAGUGUUUGAUUUUUUCUCUGUUCGCAUAUGUUUUUUCCCUGAUUGGUUAAAUAAGUUGAUGUUGCAUAGCAAGUUUAUUUCAAUGUAGACAGAUUGUAUGAUUAUUUUAGGUGUGUGAAUAUAAAGUGGGUGGAUCUAUAAACUUGGUUUAUUUGUGGUCCAUGACUGUUAACUGUUUCUGGUGGUAUGAGUUGGCGAAAAGGCAAUUUCCCAAAGUUUUGAUCAUUACACCUCUGAAACAUGUUUUCUGGUGUUGAAACGAUGUGUAUACAAAUUUAACGAUAAGUCAUUGCGACUGAUUGGAUUAUGGUAGAAUCACUUAGUUCUAUGCUUACACGGAAUUUAUUGUCAUCAGAUGAC